AUGUUUGAAGGACAGAACAAUAACCCAAAGGAAGCGAUUAAACUGGAUGACACUGAAGAGAACAUAUUUCUGCAAUUCAUGGAAUUUCUAUAUACCGAUAGUACUCGAAUUUCCGCUGAGAACUUUGGAGACCUGCUGUGUUGUGCAAAGAAAUAUGAAACAGAAAUGUUAUCAGUUUUGUGUAAAGAAUCUUUAAAAACAUUUAUUAACUCAGACAUGGUUUGCCAAAUGAUGGAAUUUGCUUAUCUGUUCAACGACCCAGGUAUCAUGGACAUCUGUCUAGAGGCAAUAGAACUCAACACCCCUAAUUUUCUACACACGGAUGCAUUUAUGAAAAUGUGUUCUACCAGUAUCUACAAAAUAACUCAGCAUGAUCGAAUAUUUGCUCCUGAAAACCUUAUUUUUCAACAGAUUUGUAAAUGGUCAGAAGAAGAAUGCGUUCGUCAAGAAUUACCAGUCACCGCAGAAAAUCAAAGAACAGUCUUAGGAGACAUUCUUUACGAGGUUCGGUUUCCAAUAAUGAGUCAUCAGUUUUUGGACGAUGUUGUUUGUGAAUCAAACAUUUUGUCUGACAAAGUACAGAUUUUGCGACGUCAGUUAAAAACGAAAAACACAGAAAUGCUUGGGAGGUUUAAGUCCCAUAGAAGAAUAUGGAAGCCUAAAACAUUGAUGACAAGUCGUUUACUACAGAAGACUCGAACAAUUGAAUGUUUUAACGGUAAACGUAAAUUUCAGUUGAAAUUCUGUGUAUCAUCUUACUCAGUUUUGGUAGGGAUUCAUAUGGAGCAUAUCAGACAAAGAGGUGCCAAAGAUAUUAAGAUAAUUGGUUCUAUUUCGCCAUCACAUUCUGACGAUGACAGAAGCACACAGUUUUCCAUUGAUCUUUGUCAAAUAGAGAACAAAAUGAUGAUGUUGUACCCCCAAUUCUUAAUACCCUUGAGGAAAGAUAUCAAUUACACUCUUUCAAUUGCGUUUGAUUUUAGACGUGAAAUUUACAGAAGAUCACAGAACAGCAUAGAAAUUGAGUGUAAUGAAAUAGAAGAGAUUGAAGAGAGUGAAUUUAACGGGAAAAGAUUAUCAAUAGAAAGAUUUAAUAUAUUUCAAUAUUUUAAAGAAGGAGAUAAGGGUAUGCUCAUAGCUGGAUUGUACCUCAAUUUGGACGAGAGUCGAUCAGCGUGGUGUGUAUAG